GCUGCUGCUGCUGGUCACACGUGGGUCCAGAAGUUUAUCAAUGUGGUGUAAUUAGAAACCAUGUCCAAGAGGGAUAAAGCUAUGGCAGAUAAAGAUGUCGCUUCUGAAGAAGGACACGGAGAAGAGGAGAUUGAGGAUCCACCGCCGGAGACCAGGCGGACCCGCAGCGGCCGCAGGGUGCGCACUCCGGCCGCAUUGCUCGACUCUGAAGCUCCGGUGAGGACUCCCAGCCGGAGGACCAGGAGGUCCGUCAUCCAGGAGGUGCCGGCGGCGGAGGAGCUAGCGGCGGAGGAGCUAGUGCUGACACCGGUGGAGGAGAAGCCCAGCGUGUGUGCUGAGCCGGAGCCGGAGCCAGAUCCAGUCAGCUCGGCUCCAGCAGACACAGACAGAGCCGGUGGGGUUACCGGGAACGGAGACGGUCAUGUAUCAGAGCCUGUAGCUCCAGAAACGGCGCCCGCGAGUUCAGAGAGCGAACCACCAUCACACAAGAAGCCUCGCCUGGGUCCAAAACCAAAUCCAGUUGUUCCGCUCGGGAAACCCAAAUCAGGGAGAGUGUGGAAGGACCGCAGCAAGCAAAGAUUUUCUGCGGUAGUAAGAGAUAAAUCGGUGUGCUCUUCAUGGGAAAAGAAGAUGGAGGCCAAGCGCGAGAAAGACCUGGUGAAACAGUAUUGUUUGCAGCUUAAAGACGAGAAAGCCAAACAGAAAGAGGACAAGAGGAAAAGGAGAGAAGACAACUUGAAACGACGUGCGGAGAACGAACGCAAAUCAGAGAUUGUGCAAGUGAUCCGUAACACAGCCAAGAUCAAGAGGAUGAAGAAGAAACAACUGAGGAAGAUCGAGAAGAGAGACACUCUGGCCCUGCUGCAGAAGUCUCAGAAGCAGAGAGUAAAAGCCAAAGUGCAAAAAACCAACACGGCCAACAUUUCACCUUAAGACUGAUACUAAAAAUGGAUCUGCUCAGUGCUUUGUUUGCAUGUUGUGACUUCAGAGAUGUAAAACACAACAAGCAAAACAUGAAGGACUAGUUUAUCAUAGAGGAUUUAUCUACAAAAGAACCCAACCCAAUUAAAUGUUUUAAUAAAGGAGUGUUAACAGUAAAGUGACUGUGCCAAUUGUGUCAUCAUCAGUAAUUAUUAAGAUUAUUAAGAUUCGUACAGGAUUUUCUAUUGAAUAAAAAUAUCUGCU